AUGGAAGAAAAGUUUAAAGCAACUCUGAGUGGAAAACUUCGUGCAUGCCUGGGAUGCUCCCAGAUAAAGACACAGAAUGGGUUCAGGAAAGACGGAUGUGAGAAUUGUCCAAUGCUAGCCAUGAAGGGGAAUAUUGCGAAUGUUAAUGAGUGCACUUCAAGCAAUUUCAAGGGAGUUGUGGCUCUUCUGCAGCCAUCAAGUAGCUGGGUCGGAAAGUGGCAAAGAAUAGGAGAGUUCAAAAAAGGACUCUAUGCAAUGACUGUCGAGGGCACCCUUCCUGAAGACUUUAUUAAGGACGUAGAGCAACAUGGGAGAGUCUACUAUGAAAGAACAGAAUCUUUCAAAUUGUAA